AAGUAGUUUUCAGAGCGCAUUCCCCGGCAGCAAUGUGGAGGGAAAGGGCGACCGCGUCCGCCUGAGUGUUUUCUACUUUUUGCGUUGUGUGUAUGAGUGUGUGUGUUUUUUUAACCUCUUUUCAUAGUUAUGAACUUGGUCUCUCUCCAGGAAGACAGUGAAUCGUCGAUUCUUGGGGGAAGCAGGCGAGUGAGAAGUGAAGAAAACUGCAGCCCGGCCGUGUCGUGUUUCUCCUUUUCGCCCCCCCUUCUCGACGCUUUGUUUUCUCCACACAUGGAUAUUAGGAGAUGAAAUCGGACGUGUUGCUUGUUCUCCAGUAACCUCCGCGUCGCUUCGGGUCGGUCGUCUGUUGCGCUCUCUCCGGAGCUCCGUAGGGGGAGAGAAAGUCUCAUUUCUCAGCAGCACAACAACAAAAGAAAAAAAAAAAGUAAAAGACACACGGGGACUGCAAGUUGUCCACAAGCUGCGAAGGAGACCAAACUUUGCCAAGUUGCGGCGCAUCCGGCCACCGACGCCAAACACUCAACGACACUUUCUACCAGCGCUAGUUGUGGAUUAUUCUCCCAAGACUCGCCAUGGACCGCGGAAUCACGUUCAGGGGAUGAAAAGGGAGUUUUUUGAAAAAAACAUGAACGGUUUCUUGUAGUUAGUUUCCUACUCCAGUGGCUCGUUUGGACUACACUGAUCUGAUUAGAAAAAAAAAGAGAAAAGAGCCAGUUGUUCUUGCGUUUGCUUUUGUCCGCCGGUCUGCAAAAAUGCCACAGCUAAACGGAGGUGGCGGGGAUGACCUGGGGGCCAACGAUGAGAUGAUCUCGUUUAAGGACGAAGGGGAGCAGGAGGAAAAGAUAUCCGAGAACGUGUCGGCGGAGCGGGAUCUGGAUGAUGUGAAAUCCUCCUUGGUGAACGAGUCGGAAAACAACAGCAGCUCAUCAGACUCGGAGCAAGCAGAGAGGCGCCCCCAAACCAGACCCGACUCAGAAAGUUAUGAGAAAACAAGAGACUACUUCAGUGAAGCACUGAGAAGACAGCAAGAUGGUGGCUUUUUUAAGAGUCCUCACUAUCCUGGCUACCCGUUUCUUAUGAUCCCAGACCUCACCAACCCGUACCUAUCCAACGGUUCCCUCUCUCCCAGUGCGAGAACAUACCUGCAGAUGAAAUGGCCUCUUCUGGAUGUUCCAGGAUCCGCGGGGCUAAAAGACUCUCGUUCUCCAACACCGGGACAUUUAUCCAAUAAAGUCCCGGUGGUACAGCACGCUCCCCACGUCCACCCGCUGACGCCCCUCAUCACCUACAGCAACGAACACUUCUCCCCCGGCACGCCGCCGUCGCACCUCUCGCCAGAGAUCCUCGACCCAAAGACAGGUAUUCCUCGAACGCCUCACCCGUCGGAGCUGUCUCCGUACUACCCUCUGUCUCCGGGCGCCGUCGGUUCGAUUGCACACCCUUUGAGCUGGUUCAUGCCGCAGCAGGGCCAGCCCAUGUACUCCAUCCCUCCGGGGGGAUUCCGUCAUCCCUAUCCGGCGCUGGCCAUGAAUGCAUCCAUGUCCAGCCUGGUGUCCAGCCGAUUUUCCCCUCACAUGGUGACUCCACCUCCGCACAGCCUCCACCAGACCGGCAUUCCACACCCCGCCAUCGUCUCCCCGGCCAUCAAGCAGGAGCCCAGCGGCGACAACAUCAGCCCCUCCAUGCACGCCAGAAAGUCCCCCGUGCCUCCGAAGAAAGAAGAGGACAAGAAGCCUCACAUCAAGAAGCCUCUGAACGCUUUCAUGUUAUAUAUGAAGGAGAUGAGAGCCAAAGUGGUGGCAGAGUGCACUCUGAAGGAGAGUGCGGCCAUCAACCAGAUCCUUGGCAGACGGUGGCAUUCCCUGUCCAGAGAAGAACAAGCCAAAUACUACGAGCUGGCCCGAAAAGAGAGGCAACUGCACUCCCAGCUCUAUCCUGGAUGGUCAGCGCGAGAUAACUACGGAAAGCGGAAGAAGAGGAAGAGAGAGAAUAAACCAGACUCAAAACCAGAGGACUUCUCGAUAAGGAGCAAGAAGCAGUGCGUGCAGUACCUGCCCUCGGAGAAGAUGUGCGACAGCCCCGCCUCGUCUCACGGCAGCAUGCUGGACUCUCCGGCCACCCCCUCGGCGGCGCUGGCCUCCCCCGCCGCCCCCGCCGCCACCCACUCCGAGCAGGCCCAGCCGCUGUCGCUCACCACCAAACCGGAGGGCCGCAUGCACCACCACUUCUCCCUACCGGGCAAGGCCUCCGGGUCUUCCUCCUCCUCUUCCUCCUCUUCCUCCUCCUCAUCCUCCUCCUCCUCUUCCUCCUCUCAGCCCACCAUCUCCAUCCCCAUUGGUACAUCAGGUAGCCAGUCGAACGCGCCCCUCCUCACCCGGCCCAUCCCGUUCACCUCCCUGCACCCCUCCAUGCUGUCCCCGCCGUCCCCCUUCCACCAGGCAGCCCUCCACUCCCAUCAUGCCCUGUUUCAGUCGCAGCCGCUCUCGCUGGUCACCAAACCAACCGAAUGAAAUCCGCAAAGUCAAAUUCCUCCCAUUUAUUGUGCUGUAUAUUGCUCUUCUUUAAAAAUAGGUAUUAGAACAACUUUUUUUCUAAAUAAUGAAAAGGAAGAAAUAUUAUUGGUCAAUAUUUGACUGUCUCCUUUUCUACAUCUCUCAAUGGAAAAAAAUGUAUUUUUUGUAAAGUUUACUGCAGAACUGGUUUCUUUCUUCUUUUUUUUUGUUUUUUUGUUUUGAUGCAUUUAUCCAAUGAACCUCUUGUAUAAAAGACCCAAUGUACAUAAUGUUUCUUUAUAAAAGCAAAAAGAAACAA